AUAUGUAGCUAUAUUAUUAUAUAUAUACAAAUAUCUGCAUGCAAAUGCAAAGCAAGCACAGCACCCUAUGUUUUAAGUUUUAGAGCUCUGCCUCUGUCUCCCUUCUCUCUCUCUCUCUCUCUCUCUCUCUCGCUCUCUCUUGGCUAGCUGAGAAACAACUCUUUUUUUCGUUUUCUUUGCUGUACAGAACAAAUAAAGCAGAAACAUAGUUAAGUUGAAUUAAACAAGGCAAACAAGUGCGGAACAACUCCAAUGGUUUCGGAGGGUGCUAAUAGUAAUACCCUCAUCAUUGGGUCAACCGGGUUCAUCGGCCGGUUCAUUGCAGAAGCUAGCCUUGACUCAGGCCACCCCACCUAUCUUCUUGUGCGCCCCGCCUCACCUGGCCUUUCCAAGACCACUCACACUAUCGACUCCUUUCAGGACAGAGGAGCUAUAAUCCUAACGGGCUCCGUUGAUGAUGAAGAUUUCCUGGAGAAAGUGCUCAAGGAGCACAAGAUUGAAGUUGUCAUAUCAGUGGUGGGUGGUGCAAGAAUUUUAGACCAGCUUAUUUUGCUAGAAGCCAUUAAGUCUGCGGGCACUGUUAAGAGGUUUUUGCCAUCUGAAUUUGGGCAUGACAUAGACAGAGCUGAUCCGGAGGAGCCAGGGCUGAGUAUGUACAAUGAGAAGAGAAGAGUGAGAAGGGCCAUUGAGGCAGCUGGAAUUCCCUACACUUAUAUUUGUUGCAACUCUAUUGCUGGUUGGCCUUAUCAUGACAACAUUCACCCCGCCGAUGUUCUCCCACCCUUGGAUCGCUUCCACAUCUACGGUGAUGGCACUGUUAAAGCUUACUUCGUGGCGGGUUCCGACAUCGGAAAGUUCACGAUGAAAACAAUCCACGACGUCCGAACAAUCAACAAAUCUGUUCAUUUUCGACCACCAAGCAACCUCUUCAACAUCAACCAGCUUGCUUCCUUGUGGGAGCAAUGCAUUGGACGCAAACUCCCGAGAAUCACUAUUAGCGAGGACGACCUACUUGCUGCUGCUAAAGAAAUGCAAAUCCCACAAAGCAUUGUGGCAUCCUUCACCCACGACAUUUUCAUCAAGGGCUGCCAAGUAAAUUAUGAGAUAGAGAAGCCUAGUGACAUUGAAGUUUGUUCUCUGUAUCCGGACACACCAUUUAUGACCGUGGAUGAGUGCUUCCAAGAGUUUGCCACAAGGGUUGUCGUUGAUGUUUCAGAAGCAAAACUAGCUCAAAAGUCGAAGUCAUCGACGACCAACGAUUUUAUCCUCGUGCCAAAUGCUAAACCAGAAGUCUUGGCAAUUACACCAGCAUCUGCAUCAUGAUCAACAUUCUUCUUUCUUUAUCCUCGUGCCAAAUGCUAAACCAGAAGUCUUGGCAAUUACACCAGCAUCUGCAUCAUGAUCAACAUUCUUCUUUCUUUAUCCUCGUGCCAAAUGCUAAACCAGAAGUCUUGGCAAUUACACCAGCAUCUGCAUCAUGAUCAACAUUCUUCUUUCUUUAUCGAGAAUGUAUCCCUUUUCUUUUUUUCUUCCCUUUUCCAUUAUUGCAAAAUGAAUAAAUUUGCAUGUUUCUUGAUCUUGGACUUGAGGAGAUCCUCUCUGGCUAGUGAACAAGUCCAAGAUUGUGGUAAGGAAACUAUUAUUUUA